GGUGUAGCGGACGUAACGGAGAUAACGUUGUGCCAGGAUGUUCGUUUAAUGGCUGGCCGGCAACGAUGGCCGAGUUCAAAACCGUUCAUUAGAAGAGAUUCCUACUCUUAUCAAGACAUUAUACGAAUAUCGCUCGUGCCCAUAUCACCACACCAAGGCAGUGGUCUCGGUGAGAAGAACAGACGCCGGCACGACAACACCAUCACUAUAACGACGGCACCAUGGCGUCGUACCUCAUCACUGGAGCCAGCCGUGGCCUGGGCUUUGAGAUGGUGAAAGCAUUGCUGCAGAAGCCCGCCAACGAGGUUUCCACCGUCUUCGCCGCCAUCCGCAGUGCCCCUCCUCCGGCUCUGCAGGAAGUCAUUGCUCAGUCGCAGGGUCGCGUGGUGGUGGUCAAGCUUGAGGUAUCAGACGAGGCCAGCAUUGCCGCCGCCGCAAACGACGUCAAGGACAAGCUGGCUGGCCGUGGGCUCGACGUCCUCAUCAACAAUGCUGCCAUUGCGAGCAUGACUCCCACCCCUCUGACCGCGGCGACGACCUUGCAGAACGCAUUCAAGGUCAAUGUCGAUGCUGUCCACCGGAUAACCGUGGCAUUCCUGCCGCUGCUGAGGGAAGGCACCAAGAAAACAGUGCUGAACGUGAGCUCGAUUGUCGGAUCAAUUACACACACCAAGAGAUUCAUGAUCUCUCCUGACCAUGGCUACCGUGUCUCCAAGGCCGCACUCAAUUGCCUGAUGUCCAUCUUUGCCUGCGAAUUGGAAGACGAAGGCUUUACCUUUGUCGCUGUCUCUCCCGGUUGGUGUCGAACGGACCAGGGUGGCCCAUACGCAGACCUCGAUGCCCAAACCGGCGGAGUGGCGGUGAUUGAGGUGCUCGACAGGGACAGGUCCGAGCUGAAUGGAAAGUUUGUAAAUAUCAAGGUAGCCGGCUGGGAGAAUGCUGCUGGGCUCCACCAGUAUAAUGGCGCAGAGAUUCCAUGGUAGGAGAAGUAAUAAAUCCUUCUGCGGUUGUUAGACCAGAGAUGGGCACUCGAUUAACGAUAUUCGUUCAAAGCUAGCCCUUUCACUACUUGCAGUCUGUUUCUUGUGAAAGGUGAAGAAUGAUGUUUAUAGAAAUUUAUAGUAUUUACUGUUG